AUGAAGCAAAUUCCUGUUGUGGAAAGAAUUCAAGCCCAGAAAUCCUGGAUUGAAGGAGUGUUUGACAAGAGAGAAUGUAACAGAGUCAUACCCAGCUCAAAAGAUCCUCACAGGUGUGCUCCAGUAUGCCAGGUCUGCCAGAAUUUAAUCAGGUGUUACUGUGGUCGAUUGAUUGGAGAACAUCCUGGAAUAGAUUAUGCCUGGACCAUCUCGGCUGCCAAGAGUAGUGAAAAUGAACAAUGGUCUGUUGAAAAGCACACAACAAAAAGCCCUACAGAUGCCUUUGGCACAAUUAAUUUCCAAGAUGGAGAGCAUACCUACCAUUCCAAGUAUAUUAGAACUUCUUAUGAUACAAAAUUGGAUCAUCUGUUACAUUUAAUGUUGAAAGAGUGGAAAAUGGAACUGCCCAAGCUGGUGAUCUCUGUCCAUGGGGGCAUCCAGAACUUUAAGAUGCCCUCCAAGCUUAAAGAGAUCUUCAGCCAAGGUUUGGUCAAAGCUGCAGAGACGACGGGAGCGUGGAUAAUAACUGAAGGCAUCAACACCGGAGUGUCCAAGCAUGUUGGAGAUGCCCUGAAAGCUCAUUCCUCUCAGUCCUUGAGAAAAAUCUGGACAGUUGGAAUCCCUCCUUGGGGUGUCAUUGAGAACCAGAGAGAUCUUACUGGAAAAGAUGUGGUGUUUCUGUACCAGACUCUGGGUAACCCCCUCAGCAAGCUCACCACACUCAACAGCAUGCACUCUCACUUCAUCCUCUCUGACGAUGGCACUGUGGGCAAGUAUGGAAAUGAGAUGAAGCUCAGGAGGAACCUGGAGAAGUACCUCUCUCUGCAGAAAAUACACAGCCGCUCAGGACAAGGCGUGCCCGUGGUGAGGCUGGUGGUGGAAGGAGGUCCCAAUGUCAUCCUUGCAGUGUGGGAGACCGUCAGGGACAAGGACCCAGUGGUGGUGUGCGAAGGCACAGGCAGAGCUGCGGACCUGCUGGCCUUCACCCACAAACACUUAGACGAGGGGAUGCUGCGUCCUCAGGUGAAGGAGGAGAUCAUCUGCAUGAUUCAGAACAAUUUCAACUUUAGUCUUAAACAAUCCAAGCACCUUUUUCAAAUUCUAAUGGAGUGCAUGGUGUACAGGGAUUGUAUCACCAUAUUUGAUGCGGAUUCUGAAGAGCAGCAAGACCUUGACUUAGCAAUCCUGACCGUUUUGCUGAAGGGCACAAAUCUAUCAGCAUCAGAACAAUUACAUCUGGCAAUGGCUUGGGACAGAAUGGACAUUGCCAAGAAACAUAUCCUAAUUUAUGGACAACACUGGAAGCCUGGUGCACUGGAACAAGCCAUGUUAGAUGCUUUAGUGAUGGAUCGGGUGGAUUUUGUGAAACUCUUAAUAGAAUAUGGAGUGAAUCUCCAUCGCUUUCUUACCAUACCUCGACUGGAAGAGCUCUAUAAUACAAAACAAGGCCCUACUAAUAUGCUCUUGCAUCAUCUUGUCCAAGAUGUAAAACAGCAUACCCUUCUCUCAGGCUACAGAAUAACACUGAUUGACAUUGGAUUGGUGGUAGAAUACCUCAUUGGUAGAGCGUAUCGCAGCAGCUACACUAGAAAAAGUUUCAGAGCCCUCUACAACCACCUUUACAGAAAACAAAAGCACCGGAAAUGCCACUCAGGAAACAGAAAGGAGUCCGUGGAAAGUGCGCUGCAUUCCCAGUUCAUUAGAACUGCCCAGCCGUACAAGCUCGAGGAAAAGUCCACAGUACUUCAUAAAUCAAGGAAGAAGUCAGAAGAAGGCCAAAAUAUAUCAGACGAUCUCGAGUCGACUGGCUUUGUUUACCCUCACAAUGACCUGCUGGUUUGGGCUGUGCUAAUGAAAAGGCAGAAGAUGGCCAUGUUCUUCUGGCAGCACGGAGAGGAGGCCACGGUGAAGGCAGUGAUUGCUUGCAUCCUCUACCGAGCUAUGGCCCACGAAGCUAAGGAGAGCAACAUGGUGGAUGAUGCCUCGGAAGAGUUGAAAAAUUACUCAAAACAGUUUGGCCAGCUUGCCCUGGACCUGCUGGAGAAGGCGUUCAAGCAGAAUGAGCGAAUGGCCAUGAAGCUGUUGACAUGUGAACUCAAGAACUGGAGCAAUUCCACCUGCUUGAAACUAGCCGUGUCUGGAGGGUUGCGGCCCUUCGUGUCACAUACUUGCACCCAAAUGCUACUGACAGACAUGUGGAUGGGGCGCCUGAAAAUGAGGAAAAACUCUUGGUUAAAGUUUGGCCAGCUUGCCCUGGACCUGCUGGAGAAGGCGUUCAAGCAGAAUGAGCGAAUGGCCAUGAAGCUGUUGACAUGUGAACUCAAGAACUGGAGCAAUUCCACCUGCUUGAAACUAGCCGUGUCUGGAGGGUUGCGGCCCUUCGUGUCACAUACUUGCACCCAAAUGCUACUGACAGACAUGUGGAUGGGGCGCCUGAAAAUGAGGAAAAACUCUUGGUUAAAGAAAGACUAUGAUGUGGAAAGGGGCCCUGAUGAGAAGCUGAGUGAAAAUCAGCACUUGGAUUUAGAGAGUGGGCCCCAGAGCCUUCCGUGGACUAGAAAGGUCUAUGAGUUCUACAGUGCUCCGAUUGUCAAGUUUUGGUUUUAUACGAUGGCAUAUUUGGCAUUCCUCAUGCUGUUCACCUACACGGUGUUGGUGGAGAUGCAGCCCCAGCCCAGUGUGCAAGAGUGGCUUGUCAUCAUUUACAUCUUCACCAACGCUAUUGAGAAAGUCAGGGAGACAGCGAACAUGUUUUACAUCGUGAUCAUGAUGGCUAUAGUCCUGCUGAGUUUCGGAGUGGCGCGCAAGGCCAUCCUGUCACCAAAUGAGACGCCGUCUUGGAGCCUAGCCCGAGAUAUUGUAUUUGAGCCAUACUGGAUGAUAUAUGGAGAAGUCUAUGCUGGAGAGAUAGAUGUUUGUGAAAGCGACCCGUCUUGCCCGCCCGGAUCUUUUCUUACUCCGUUCCUGCAAGCUGUCUACCUCUUUGUGCAAUAUAUCAUCAUGGUGAACCUGCUGAUUGCUUUCUUCAACAAUGUUUACUUAGACCUGAAAUCCAUCUCAAAUAAGCUGUGGAAAUACAACCGCUAUCGCUACAUCAUGACCUACCACGAGAAGCCCUGGCUUCCGCCGCCUCUGAUUCUCCUGAGCCACGUGUGCCUCCUCCUCCGCCGCCUGUGCCACCGCCGAGCGCCCAGUGACCAAGAAGAGGGCGAUGUGGGAUUAAAACUCUACCUGAGUAAGGAGGAUCUGAAAAAACUUCAUGAUUUUGAAGAGCAGUGUGUAGAAAAAUACUUCCAUGAGAAGACGGAAAAUCUGAAUUGUAGUUGUGAGGAACGAAUCCGAGUGACAUCAGAAAGGGUUACAGAGAUGUACUUCCAGCUGAAAGAAAUGAAUGAAAAAGUGUCUUUUAUAAAGGACUCCUUAAUGUCUUUGGACAGCCAGGUGGGACACCUGCAGGACCUCUCUGCCCUGACUGUGGAUACUCUAAAAGUCCUGUCUGCUGUUGACACCUUGCAAGAAGAUGAGGCUCUCCUGGCCAACAGAAAACAUUCUACUUGCAGAAACCUUCCCCACAGCUGGAGCAAUAUCAUCUGUGCAGAGGUUCUAGGCAGCAUGGAGAUGUCUGGGAAGAAGAAAUACCAGUAUUAUAGCAUGCCCCCUUCUUUGCUGAGGAGCCUGGCCAGAGGCCAGCAUCCCCCAAGAGUGCAGAGGGGGGCUCUUCCUGAGAUUACAGAUAGUCAGAGAGAGGCAUUGAAUGUAAGAGAUGACCAGGGAGAGCAAGAAACAGAAAAUAGGAGAGUUGCUUUUGGGGUGUCUCCUAAUAGGCAAGCACCCUCAAAGUAUGGCCAAUUUCUCCCAGUCCCUUCUAGUCUAAAGCAAGUUCCUUUUCCUGUAGAAACUGUUUUGCCUCUGUCCAGACCACCUGUGGAAGGAGGUGCAGAUGUGCUGGCAGCCGAACAGGUCAUGCACAGUGAGGUUCCUGUUCAUCCGACUUGGCAGACCCCCAUUGUCACAGACCAGGCAUCAGUGGCUGAGCCCAGGGAGCAGUACCAGCCAAUCGCUCAGAUAUCAGACAAGCCAGGCAAGGUGGAGCAAGUUCUCCCCACUUUGAGUUGCACAUCUGCACCCCUGACAGUGACUUCUCUUCCUUCCCAAAUCAAGAGCAUGCAGACCGGAGGUGGAUAUGUGAACUGGGCAUUUUCAGAAGGUGAUGAAACUGGUGUGUUUAGCAUCAAGAAAAAAUGGCAAACCUCCUUGCCCUCCACUUGCAACAGUGACUUCACUCAGAGUGAACAAUGCCAGUCGCAGAGCCAGGGCAGCUCCCUAUCUGAUAAUUCUUCAACAAGAUUGGCCCCGAGUAGUGAUUGCUCAAAGGUGGGACCAUGGCUCCAGCUAAACACAUCCUUUUGGAUCAAUUCUCUCCACAGAGACAGGCCUUUCACUAGGAGCCAUAGCUUUAGAUUCCACAAGGAAGAGAAAUUGAUGAAGAGCCGUAAGAUGAAAAAUCUCUCAAGAUCCUCGGAAAUAGGGCAGUCAGCUUGGAUGACAGCAAAGAUGCUAGCCAAAGACAAGAGAUUGUCGAAGAAAAGGAAGAAUACACAAAGACUACAGGUGCCAAUCAUAACAAUCAAUGCCGACUAUCAAAGUGACCAGUUAAAUCCAGAGCAAGGAGAAAAUAACAUCUCAGAAGAACAGGAGUGCAACAAGAACUGGCUUACGGGGUCCAAAUUUAGUCAGAUAAAUCUGGAACAUUAUUUAUACCAGAAAAUGAAAACUAAAGAAAUUGAUCAACAGGCUAUACAAGUCAGUGAUUACCUAAAGCGGUCUCAAGAGGAUCUGAGUGAAGACUCUUCGUGGAGUUCCCGGAGCACGGACCUGAAUAGGAACUUCCUGUUGAGAAGUUCAAAUGGAAUCGACAAGAUCUCAGCCUCCUUAAAAAGCCCUCAAGAGCCCCAGCAUCAUUAUUCAGCCAUUGAAAGGAAUAAUUUAAUGAGGCUCUCUCAGACCAUACCAUUUACACCAAUCCAACUGUUUGCAGGAGAAGAAAUAACUAUCUACAGGCUGGAGGAGAGUUCCCCUUUGAACCUUGAUAAAAGCAUGUCCUCUUGGUCCCAGCAUGGGAGAGCUGCAAUGAUCCAGGUGCUGUCCCAAGAGGAGAUGGGUGGUGGCCUCCGCAAAGCCAUGAGAGUCAUCAGCACUUGGUCCGAGGAUGACGUUCUCAAGCCAGGACAGGUUUUCAUUGUGAAGUCCUUUCUGCCUGAGGUUGUGGAGACGUGGCAUAAAAUCUUCCAGGAGAGUACUGUGCUUCAUCUUUGCCUCAGGGAAAUUCAACAACAAAGAGCUGCUCAAAAACUGAUCUAUACCUUCAACCAAGUGAAGCCACAAACCAUUCCCUACAUGCCGAGGUUCCUGGAAGUUUUCUUAAUCUACUGCCAUUCAGCCGACCAAUGGUUGACCAUUGAGAAGUACAUGACAGGGGAGUUCCGGAAGUACAACAACAACAAUGGUGAUGAAAUCACCCCCAGCAACACCCUGGAGGAGCUGAUGUUGGCUUUCUCUCACUGGACCUAUGAGUAUACACGGGGAGAGUUUCUGGUUUUAGAUUUGCAAGGCGUUGGAGAAAAUUUGACAGAUCCAUCUGUUAUAAAACCUGAAGACAAACAAUCAAGAGGAAUGGUGUUUGGACCAGCCAAUUUGGGGGAAGAUGCAAUUAGAAACUUCAUUGCAAAACAUCGUUGCAACUCCUGCUGCCGGAAGCUCAAACUCCCGGAUUUAAAAAGAAAUGACUAUUCCCCUGGAAGGAUAAAUUCCACCUUUGGACUCGAGGUCAAAAUAGAAUCAGCUAAGGGACAUCCAGCAAGGGAGAGGGCUAGAAAUUCCCCAGAAGAUCAUACACAGCUGUGA